UUGGACUGGCGCGGCGUUCGAAACAUUAAGUAGUGCUGAUUGGAAAUUAAAACGAUAUUAUACGAUACUGAAAUUGUUGAUAAAAACGAAUUGGAUUUAAAUUUCGAAUCGUACAAGUUUAAUUAUAAAAUAAUUCGAUCGUAAUGAAACCGACAGUACUAUGGAAGUAUUUACGUGAAUUAUUAAUUCCAAAAUUGAAAUGAAGUGUCGAUCGAAUGUUGUGUUAGAAAUUGACUUAGGAUUUAGACGUGGCUAUAAUUAAAUGUAUUGGAAAAGAAAAUCGUGGAAAAUGCUGAUAAAAAUAAAUAACAGACACAAUAGAAACUGAUAAUAGUUUUCCUUACACACAACGUAAAAUAUAACGAGUCAAUUGCAACAGCAAAAAUAAAAUUCAAACAUAAAACAAAAAUAAUCCGAUCACAAAUGUGAACGCGAAUGUGAUUAACCAUACAGAAGUGAAAAUAAAUGAAGUGGUAUUUAAUAAAACUUAAAAUGUACAAUGAGUUGCAACUGAUCGCGAAGUAUAGGAAGAAGACUGAAGGCAUAUGAUCAUGAUGUCGCUACUUCAGAUGCUGUUGAUGUUCACUGCGCUUCUGUUUAUGGGUACAGUGAACACACUCAAGUCCCUGCAAAUCCACGUUCCCAAAGCGGUGCUGACGGGAAGAGACGCAGAACUGAUGUGCACAUACGAGCUGGAAGGGGCGCAGCUGUACUCAAUAAGAUGGUACAAAAACAUGAUUGAGUUCUAUCGGUUUGUACCGAAGGAAUCGCCAGCGACGAAGGUGUUUCCAGUGGCCGAGAUCAAAGUUGAUGUAGCAGCGUCAGAUCAAAAUCGCGUGGUCUUAACAGAAGUGGACAGGACGUUGACUGGAGAAUAUCAGUGCGAGGUUUCGGCAGACGCACCACUCUUCCAUACAGAUAUCAAGUCGGCAGAAAUGGUUGUUGUCGAGCCGCCGCUCACCGGGCCCAACGUGACGUCAGAUCGUAUGUCGUACGUCGGUGGUGACCACAUCAGAGCGAACUGCACCUCACCACCGUCGCUGCCGGCUGCCAACGUCACGUGGUACGUCAACGAGCAAAUGGUGCCGGGCCUCACAGCAAACCAUGUGUUAAACUUCAGCAACGGGUACGCAUCCAGCUUAGCAACUUUGGAGCUGGAGGCAGCCGUGCUGUCACCAGUGCCGACGCUCAUGAUACGAUGUGAGGCGUCCAUUUUUGACGUGUGGAGAGCGACCAGCCACACUCUAGUAUUACGCGAACGGAAUGCUAAUCCCGCAUCUGCGUUAGGAAGAAGUUUCACAGGUGCGGGCACAGAAAAAUGUCUACCAACCAUCAUGGUGUUACUCCUACAAAUAUUUUUACAAUUCCUAUUACAGAGCUACACUGAGACUUCUAUAAGAUAGCUGACGCGGUUCCUUCUUUAAUUAUAUAGCCUUUACUUUAACAUUUAAUCGUUCUGAAUUUAAUGUUUGAUACGUUUGUAGCUAUGAAUUUAUACGCCCAAUAAUAAAUCAACCUUAUCAGAAAUUAACAAAUAAGCUUUCAACUGAUGGUAAAUUAUUAUCAUCGCCAUUAACACUCACAAAACCAGAGAUUUAUACAUUUAUCUAUAUAAGGCAACGCGCAGACACGUAUAGAUGGUAAUGAUCAUAAAAUAAUUAUUAUUGUAUUUAAACUUUAUUUUUUACCUAUUUUGUCAGUGCCUCGAAGCGGCAAUAUUGCAAAGUUCCAUUUUUAAAUAUUACCAUAUAUUUAAAAAUCGUUCGAAUUUUAAAAACCAUGUCCAAUAAGAAUGAAUAAAAACGGACAAAUAAGAUUUAUAUUGGGCGUAUAUUUACAGCAACGAAUAAAAUAAUCAAGAAAUAUAUAAAAAUCGAAUUCAAUGUUUUCAACGCUUGACAAAACAUUCCUUGUUAUUCCUAAAACUCAAAUGAAAUUGUAGAAAUAUAAUACGAAAUUAAAAUGGAUACGUUAAAUUUCCCUCUUUAGGUUAAUUGUUAAUAUAGACUGAUUACAUAGAAUAAUUUGUGUUGUAAAUAAACGAUGAAUGUUUGUAAGAAUACAAACAAAAAUGUUUGUACUAAAUAGUAUAAUUGUUAGUGUGAGUAGAAUUAAGUGAAAACGUUCCGAUAUUUAUUUAGUUUAGUAUUAAUGAGGGGAAAUUUGAGCCCUAAUUACGUCUCUGUAUUGAGAACAAGUAUAUAUGCUCUUAUAGUAUCACAAUGAGAACCUUAAUAUACAUAUUAAUACGAGCAUAUAUAGCAUAUAAAUGACCCUCAAAAUCGAAAAAAAAUUACGUAAAAAUAUCUUCAAUUUGUUUUUAAAUUGCAUCACAAUUAUUUAAGCAAUAAAUCCUGUGAUUAAACUCUUAAAAUAUCACCAAUUACGCCAAUCAAAAAUAAAGAAAAAUUAAUAGUUUUCAAUGUGAAAGGCCAUUUAAAUGAGCAUUCGAUAAAAAAAGAGAUAGUUUCAUAUUUAACUACAAAAAAUAUCAUUCUAUUCAUUUAUUUACAUAAAUCAGAUUAAAAAAUACAAAUCAUUAGGGAAACGCGCAAAUUCUACACAAACAAUAAUUCAAUUUAUACCAAUUAAUUUCAUACGCAUUUAAUUACCAUUCGAAUAAUUAAAUCACGGAUCAUUUUCCACUAAUCGGUAAUUUAUUGACAUAGACUAAAAAUAUAAGCUCGAAAUAGGAUAACGAUUCGAAAGACAUGUAAAAAAUUGUUACAACAGUCACUCCAUUUAGGCUUACGUAAGCCGAAUCAAAAGGAAAGAGUGCCAUAUUUCCUUAUUUACAGACAAGAAGGGUAGACGGAACUAAGGUAACAAGAAUAUAUUUUCGUCUCUCAAGUUGCCGUCGCUUUUUGAAAAUCUUAUAGUUCACAUUUGUCUCUGAAGUUAUGAACCCUUAUAUAAUUUUUGUGGCUUACAUCCGCACAAUUAUGAUUAUACUUAUGGAGAAUUUCUUUACGUUUAAGUUAAGGCUCUCUGCGCAAUAAACAAUAUUACAACUUGGACAAGACAGGCUAAAAAGAGACAACUGAUGGACAGGCGUUCCGUCCUUUAUCGGUUUUCUAUAUGAAAUGUUAUUGCGUAUUUUUUGUUUUAUUGCGUAUGUUUAUACAAAAUAAGCCCUUAUCUAUAACAAAACACAAAAGAUAAUCCUAAAUUCUUUUCUUGGUUUCAUAGACAGUAUAAUAGCCGCAAUCUGGAAUUCGUAGUUUAAUACACAGGUCAAUGGCUCCUAAGUAAACUGUCGUAUCUGAAAAAAUAGCGAUUUUUUGCGUUUCGUUAAAUAGGUAGGUUCAGUUACCCAUUAAAAAACGUUAACAAAUUAAGAUUUUAUUUACUAUUUACUCCCAAAUUCAUAGAAAAAAUAAUAGAUUUUUUAAUGAGUUUCAUAGUAAACAGUACUAAGAUAAUGAAACGCUAAAAAAUGAAAAUCAUUAUUUUUCUAGAUACGAUAGUUUACUUAGGAGCCAUGGAGGCUUUAACGAGCUGACUGAGAUUUCUUCUUAAUCAAGUUGGCUAGUGUGCGGAAGCCAUAAAUUUGCAAUACAUUCCACAAGAACAUUUAUCCAAUUUGUCAUAUAAAAUGCGUAAAUAUUUGUAAAUUUUACCCAAUGAUAAUUGUCAUGCUAUAAAAUUGUAUGAGUUUAAAAUCACGUUGUUACUGCAAAAUAUGUUAUUUUAUUAUUGUUGACAGAUAAAAACUUGUACCUACAUUUUUAGCUUAAUAAAGUUUGGUCACACACUCACGUGCAGGGCCCGGGCCGUGGUCCAACCGCGUACAAAUAAUAUAUUAUUUAACUUGAUUAAAAUUAGGUAAAAUUGUGAAGUAAUUUUAUUAGUAAUCCUCAUACCUCUUCUACAUGCUGGUAAUAGGAAAUUUGUAUCCACUCGAACAGCGACUGCCAUAUAUAAGCUGCUAACCCGCCAUAGUAAUUAACAUAAGUGUGUUCCGAGAUCAGCAUGUAUUUCUCGACUUCAUCAGCUGCCAUAAUUAUGUCUUCUUGCAAGGGGGAAUCGUCUCUGGUUAGUCGGCGCUCUAUACGAACCCCACUCUAUUUACUAUCAGCAGGUCAUUUAGUCGAAUAAAAAAGUCCGACAGCGCAUCUAUCUCCUAAUGUUGUACAAGUUAAUAAACAAUUACUUAACUUCUUACUCGAUUCAUGCUUUAAUCACACAAGACCGACUUCACACCAUUUCAAAGGCAUGCUAUUGUUUAUUCAUAUUUGCUUUUAUUUACAUCAGUGAGAUUAUCUGAAGCUCGGUAAAUCCCCCUCUUUCUCAAUUCUGAUAGCCCUCCUUAAAGGCCAGCAACACAUUCACAUUAUCUCUAUGUGGAUAUUAUUGACCGUGACCUUCAAAAAAACACCAGAACAAGACGUGUGAACUGGCUUUUAUUAAUAACAUAUUUAUUUGUCAACCCUGACGCAACACGUUCCACUGCACUGACACUGCACGUCAAUGUGUAAUCAAAGCAUUAAGUUUUUUAGCUACAUUUAUAAUUAAAAAAUGAUGGUGCAUUUACAUGAAUAUAUUCGAUAAUAAUGUUACAUGUUAUAAAGUUGUAACUAUUAGAAUAGUACAUGUAUAUAUGUAAGUUACUAUGUUUUUAAUUGUAAGUAAUUUUAAAAUGUAUACAGAUAACACGUGAGAUGACGUAAAUAUAAAGGAUUAAUGAACGUUCCGGUCAUUUGUACUGAAUUUAGCCGAGUCCAGAGUUAUUUUGAGCAAAUAAAUCAUCUAGCAUUAACUAAUCUCCUCCACCGAUAAAUGCUUAUAAUUCUAGAAGCACAGAUGCAUGGAUUAUAUUGAAGGAAAGGAAUGAGAAUCAAACAGGCUUCCGACCCUGAGACAAUGAAACGAAAUCUAUUUAUUUUAUUUCCAAUCAGUAAUAUCUCAUUACUAAUCAAAAUUGUUUUUAAUUAUUUUACUGUCAAACCAUUCAAUUUAACAUACCAUUACGCACGUUUUGAUGGCCAGUAUUAUUUACCAUGGAGGGUAAUGAGAAAUUAUGCAUUAAGAAAUUGUAUGCGAUGGUAAUGAAUAAAUACAUAUAACUAUAAAAUAUUUUCGUGUAUAACUCUACGCUCGGCUUAAUUUGUUCAAUGACCGUACAGAAAUAAUAAUUUCAUUUAAUAACUACUUUUAAUUUUUAAUUUCUUUUUUAAGUAUAAAAAAAAUUAGGCGAGUCAUUUUGUACAUUACACGGUUGACUAUGUCGAUAUUAUUUAGAUAAUUUAAUGAAGUUACUACAUUUGAAACUAAUCGUUAUGUAUACGAUCUUAAUGACGACGAUAGAACGCAUUUCAUAAUCAGGAAUAAUUGGAAAA